AUGCCAUUCAUAAACGACUCCAACACGUCCGACUUUGAGCUCCUCUACAAAACUGAACAGGGUAUCUGGUUUGCCGCCAAGAGGAACGACUACGGCUCCCCGAAAUACAUUGCCCAGCCGCUCGAAGUUCUCGAUGGAUCUGGCCAGGAAACCACCGAUGAGGCCAGGAGGCAAGAGUCUGCAGCAUUUCACGACUUGAUUUACGACUCUAACCAGGGUCCUGCCAUUGCUCAAAUCUUCAAUCAUGAAAACAUCAUCUCCAUCGCCGGCCAUAUAAAGACCAAUUCCGUUGUUACUGCCGCUCCGGCAGCUGAAGACCCUCAGCUUAGUCGUCCAAAGAAUUACAUCGUGUGGGACUAUUGCGAUGCUGGAAACCUCAGUGCUCUCUUCGACUAUAUGCCACGCGGGUCUCCUGAUUUCUAUCUCCCCGAGUCACUCUGCUGGCAUGUCCUGACGUCGCUUCUCAACGCCAUUACAUAUCUCCACGAUGGAAAGCGACUCUUCCUAGAUACAAAGGCGCCGGCUGGAGAGGAGCGACAAUGGCUACCGGUGGAUCAAGAUUGGAAUCCGAUUUUGCAUCGUGCGAUUGAACCGGAGAACAUCUUCUUUCAGCAUCCACGGGGCAGUGAAACGUAUGGACCGUGUAAACUGGGCAAUUUUGAACAUGCAGUCGUCACGAAUCAUGUCAUUACUCCCGGCGAUGAACCAGAUGUUGUGGAUGGGGAUGUAGAGAUUAGCAUAGCAAUGGCUGCACGACGAGGGUUUGAGUCGUUGGAUGCGAUGCGCCACAAGCUGCGCACAAGCGUUAUAGCAGAUACAGCGAACAAUUACCCCUACACCAUCACCAAUGAGCUCUUUUCCGUUGGUACGGUCAUUUUUGAGAUGAUGACAGGUCGAAAGUUCCCCAAUUACAGCCUAUUGUCCAUGGCGCGGUAUUCGGCAGGAUUGCGACAAGUGGUGAUGGAUCUGCUUGUUCUACAUCCAGACAGCAGGAAGAAAAUCACAAAAGUUCUGCCUUGGACCAAGCUGGUGAUGGGCCGCUAUCGAGAAUGGAAGAACAGCACUGAUGAAGGGAAGAAUUAUAAGGAUAUCGAGGACGACAUGAUUCCGAGAUAUGAGGCGGAGAUGGAGAUGGAGAAGAGAGAAAACGAAUGGGGAUUAAACUGGGCCGCCGAGCUGAGCUAA